AAUUGAAAAAAUAAGAUAUAUUCACAGUAAAAUUUGAAAUUGCAAGGUUGACUCUAUGACAAAGCUUGAUUUGAGUUACUUUUUGUUAUUUAUGUUCAUAACUGUUGGUGAGAUGUAGACUAGUCAAUAAUGCAAAAACAAAAAUAAAAUUUGCAGCACACACAAGUUGAGUAGAACAUAUUCCUCUAAUUAGGAUCUCAAAAUAUAUCAAAUUAAAGACAGAAAGAAAGAUUAGUUUCCUGGUGCAUUUGUGUAAGUGAACAGGAGAAUGUUUUAGUGCCACAAUAAUGCCAUGACUGACAGAACGGUCCAUUUCCCGUCUAAUAAGGGUGGGGCGUCACUAAACAGCGUAACCUCACUUCUCUGCAGCCAUCUUGCCGAGCGCAUCGACUGUGAAACAAUCCGCGAAUUUAGCUUGUAAACUUACAGAAAACCCUACUAUCAUUAUACCAAACGUUAAAAGGUCGAAUUCUGCAACGAAGGAGGUGUAGCUCAAGAAAAAACAUCCAGGCUACGAUAAAAGAUUUGACGAAAACUCUUCGGCUCGGUACGAUGCUCGACGCUCUUGUUUCUCCCCAGGAAUGACAGCUGAAGCCAUUGGUUCCGCCUUUUAGCAUGCGGAGCAGCCAAUCACGGCUCGCAGAAUUCCCCGGCCGGGGACGUUUCGCUGCUCUGCGCAUGCGCACGUCAGCGAGCGAGUGCCCGACUUUUCAGAAGCUCGCAGGAGUGUGAAGAUGGCGGUUGGCCGCGGUCCGCUGGAUGAGCUCUCUUUACAGACAGCGGUGAAUAAAGCGGUAGUUUGUCAUCCUGCACGGUCUGUAGAGUCACCGCUGUCGCUCUUGUGUCACAACAACCAUUGGGGUAGGCGCGAGGCAGAAAGUAGUUACAUGGUUAUAGUUCCGGGACAAGCGGGGGGUAGCUCGAGCUAAUGUCCAGCUGGGACUUGCUUGGUCAAGACGGUUGCUAAAAGCAGGUACGCUGUAACUCACGUUGUUUUCUUUUUUUUUUAUCUCUUCGAGUACAUACAAAAAACAAACGCCGGAGUUGACAGGGGGGGAUCAUUAGUUGUGUCAUAUUCUUGCCCCUUCAUCACAUUUAAGCUCGACUGUGAAACUACUAGUUGAAGCGCAGGGGGUCUCGGCUGACUUAACGAGCCCCCCCAUGGUUCAGCUAUGGACGCAUCGGACGCCAGCACCGACUCCAUAAGCGGACGCGACCCGGCCAAAGCACUCGUCAGUGACGGUGUAACUUUUGUCCCUAACCACCCGGGGAAAGUAGGCUCACACUCAGCGCAGACUUUUAAUGGGAGCCAAACUAUGAACUCUCACAGUUCAGGGAGCGCUGCCCCCGCGGAGGGGACGACGGCGGUGGUCGGCGGCACCGUCAUAUCAUCCCCGGCUGUCAGCGGCGGCACGGUGCUGUCCAAAGCGCUGCCCGCCUCGUCGAACAGCGUGAUCCAGACGCCGCUCACGAGCUCGGAGGGUGCCGCUGCGGUGAGCCGGCCGUCACCGGGACCCACCGUGACACUUGUCCGGCCGCCUAUGCAAGCAGCCGGGCCGGGUGCGACUUUGAACGGGAACAACGCCGCGAGCCCCGCGGUGGGAGCUCCGAGUCCGCUGGUGAACAACUGCCAGCCCGCCUCUGUCAGCGCAGGUCCGCACACGAUCAAGGCAGAGCCGCCCACCACCAUCAUCCAGUCAGCACCGCAGCCCACCGGCACCAUCAGCGCUCCGCGACCCCCCGUGAUGGCACCUGUGAACGCCGGAGGAGCCAUGCCGCCGAUGCUGACCCCGAGACUCCCCCAGCCGUCCCCGGGACAGCCCAGUGUGCAGAACAUUCAGAUCCCCCCGGGGAUGGUGGUCGUGCGCAGUGAGAGCGGACAGCUGUUGRUGUUUUCUCAGCAGGCUCUGGCCCAAAUGCAAGCACAGGCCCAGGGUGGCAUGGCCCCUCGGACAACUACGCCAACGAAUGUGCCCACCGGUCAGGCUGCUGGAAACCCAAUCAUCAACAGACAAGUGUCUCCGAGCACCAUCAUCCGACCAGGCUGUCCAGCUCCAGCUCCAGCGCCACUCACUGCGACCACCACGCUGCACAGACCCCCUCUCCUGGUGGGCUCAGUUGGGUCCACAGUACAAGGAAUGACCCCUCGGACACCCACCCAGACAGCUGGGACCACGGUUACUUCAGUAGCAGUGAGCAAAGAGACGAUAGAGAAUGUGAAGAAAUGUAAAAACUUCUUGUCUACACUGAUCAAGCUGGCAUCCAGUGGGAAGCAGUCCACAGAGACUGCAGCCACUGUUAGAGAGCUGGUCAAAGACCUGCUGGAGUCCAAGCUGGAAGCUGAAGAAUUCACCAGCAGAUUGUACAAAGAGCUCAGCUCUUCACCCCAACCUUACCUUGUGCCUUUUCUAAAGGUUCUCCAGCCUCAGCAGCAAAGAGCAGUUUUGAGACCUCAGGUAACCUUACCCACAACCCCCAUGAAGCCUCUGAGAAAUCAGGCUCCAGGUCGCAUCAUGGUGGGACAACAACAGGUGCAUCUGAAAGAGCUGCAGCCAGUUCCCUUGAGGCCGGAGACGCCACUUGUUUCCAAACCAGUCUCUGCUGUAGCUUUGACCCAGGCUCAGAGGAACAAGCUGAAAGAGGCGGGCGGCACUUUCAAAGACGAUGACGACAUCAACGAUGUGGCCUCCAUGGCCGGAGUAAACCUGUCAGAGGAAAGUGCUAAUAUCCUCGCUACCAACUCUGGAUUUGUUGGCUCGGUGACACAUUCCUGUAAGGACGAGGCUUUCAUCUCCUGUGCCGUGCUGCAGAGGAGAAUGCUGGAGAUCGGUAGGAAGCACGGAGUAACGGAGCUGGGUGCGGAGGUGGUGAACUAUGUGUCCCAUGCUGCUCAGCAGCGACUCCAGGACCUGCUUGAAAAAGUCACCCUAGUAGCUCAGCAGAAAAAUAUCAGUUUUAAGGAGGAUGACAACUACGAGCAGAUCAGUGACGUUCGAGCUCAGCUGAAGUUCUUUGAGCAGCUGGACCAGUUAGAGAAGCAGCGCAAGGAGGAGCAGGAGAGAGAAAUCCUCCUGAAGGCAGCUAAGUCUCGAGCUCGACAGGAGGAUCCUGAACAGCUGCGUCUGAAGCAAAAGGCUAAAGAG